AUAUACUAUUAGUAAUUUCGGUGCAAUCGUCAAAAUGAACAUGGCGUUUUAUAAAAAAAAAGCAAAAAAAUGAAUAAAAAAAGGAAUAAAUUAUUUGAUCUUUUUGAUUACAAGUUUUAAAUAAGUUUAAUGGGCUAGUUAUGAUGCGAUUAAUACAAAUUAACCAAAGUUCAAUUACUUUGUUGCAGCGAUUAUUAUGAUGGAAUAACAAUCGAGGACAUUGCAAUAAAAAAGUUCUUGUUUAUAAUUACGUGAAAAAUUAACUUAUUCAGAAAACCGAGUCACAAACACGUUUUUUUUUAUGACAAAGAAGUUGAAGUAUAAAGAAGAUAAAAUUAAAUGUAGAUGUUAUGUGCAUUGGCAACUUAUUAUAAAUUACGUUUUCAUGUAGUUAUCGUUUAGACUUUUCAUAGGAUGCUUGAGUGAGCCAGUUAGUGAAAGAAAGUGAAGUUAAGUGACGACUUAAAUAUCGCUCAGAACCGAUAAUUAUAUUUAAAUAAUAAUGAUUAUACAAAUGUCACCACAAAUGGAUAAUAAACAUUUAACAAAAAAAUUAAUGCGACAAAUAAUUUAUGGUUUCAUACUAUUUAAUUGUGUAGGCACGAAAGCCAAUGAAUUAGAAAAAUAUUUACCUGCAUAUGCGGUGGCUGUAAAUUCGGAUAUUUUACUGAACUCAACUUGUAAAACUGAACUAGAAAUAUUCCGAGCUGGGAUUGAUCAAAAAAUUUUAUGGAGUUUGAAAGUUUUAGAUGCCAGUGGGGAACCAAGACCCGGAUUUGUGUACGGCAAUAAUUUAUGGCCAGGCAUUAAAAGCCAAUGUCUUGAUUUAGAAAAUACUAAACCUCUUCAAAUGGAUCCUGAUAUGUUAAAAAAUAAUUCAAAAUAUCGUAACAUCAAUGAAGAAUUCCCACCCUAUCAUUUGAAUUAUUUUGUUGCGCUUUUCUAUCACAACAGCACACUUCAGUAUCAACUUCACAUCAAAUAUGAUGAUUUAUUGUCACUUGGACUUUGUCUUCCGGCCUCGUGUUCAGCUGAUGAAUUAGGAAAAAUAUUAAACAAAAUAUUUGAAUCCAGAACUCUUGCGAUCGGCAACUUAUAUUCCGCAGAUUAUCGGCUUCAUGAAGUACGAGAUCUCAAAGACGAUCAUAAGUGGCUUCUUGAUUGGAGGAUCAUUACCACUGGUAUUGUUGUGAUACUGACAAUACUGUUCGUCAUCAUUGGUACUUUCUAUGACUGUAUUGUGCACCAAAAGCGUUUAGAAAAGCUAGAAAUCUCUAAAAACCUGGAACCUGAUUCAUCUACAACAUCAAAAGGAAAAAUUCGACCAAAACUUUUUGAAGAAGUUUUGCUGUGUUUCUCCAUUUAUACUAAUACCAAAACCAUUUCCAAUACAAAAUUAAGCAAGAAUUCAGUGACUUCUAUCAACGGUUUUCGAUUACUUGGAAUGACAUGGAUUUUUUUUAUGCAUGCAGUUAUCUAUUCGAACGAUGCGCUUGAUAAUCGAGUAACAGGGUGGAGAUUAUCGGAAGAGUUUGUAAAUCAAAUACUAACCUCCGGUAGUUUGUCCGUAGAUACUUAUUUUUGUUUGAGUGGCUUCCUGAUCAGCUGGUCAUUUUUUGGUAAACGAAUGAAUGAUAAUCAUGAAGCGAAAUCAGUUCUUCGGUUCCCGUGGUUCCAUUAUUUCGGUCUCAUUUUUAAAAGAAUCGUUAGACUCGCUCCAGUAUAUUUGGUAAUAAUUGGAAUAGCUGAAAUCAUUUUUGGAUGGUUCAAAAUAAAUUCAUCUUACGCAGUUGCAGAAGACCCCCACUAUUAUUGUCACAAUAACUGGUGGAGAAAUUUGCUCUUCAUAAAUAAUUUAUUCAAAUGGAAUGAAGCAUGUCUCACUUGGACUUGGUAUAUCGCAAGUGAUUUGCAAUUUUACACCAUUGGAACUUUUUUGCUACUCUUAUCUGACAUAUAUUUUUACACAUCUGGUAUUUUAUUGUUAACUUUGCUAAUAGUUCCAGCCAUCAUCAGUGGCUGUAUUUCUUAUUCGUACGGAUAUAUAACUACGUUAGACCAAAUGUGGGUCAUUAUGGAAGUCGUAUAUACCCCGCCGUGGAUGCGAAUUGGCCCAUAUUUGAUUGGAAUGAUUACAGGAUAUAUUCUAAGAAGAAUUAAUGGUAAAUUAAAUGUUAGUCGAAAAACUUUAUGUUUACUUUGGAUAGUCGGAAGCUUGUGUAAUAUCGCCACACUUUUUGGUCUUUAUGGCAAAAAUCUCUCAGCAGUUAGCGCUGGAAUAUAUGUUGCUUUGAGCAGAAUUGCAUGGGGUAUUGGGAUCUCUUGGAUUUUGGUUGCUUGCUAUACAAACAAUUCCGGAUUUGUAAACAAAAUUUUGUCACUAAAAAUCUGGAUUCCACUAUGCAAACUUACGUACUGUGCAUACUUACUGAACCCUUUGAUCACUAUGUCAUUGGCUAUAUUUUCAGAAACACCAACGCACGCAGAGUUGAUACCGUUCUUUAUCCACUUUUUGGGAUUAACAUUCUUCACUUUCUUGUGUGCAUUUUUUAUGUCAGUACUGUUUGAAAUUCCAUAUAUUUUACUAGUUCAGAUGUUUCUUAAUCCACGAAAUCGAAAUAAAAAUUAAUAAUAAUUCUUCAUUGGACGACACUCGAUACUGAAGAAGAAAAUAUUUCAGAAAUUAAUUUAAUUACUACUUUUUACUCUUCAUAUUUAUAUGAAAUCGAGUAAAUAACUUAUUAUAUUAAUAGAAAAAUAAUCGUAACAAAAACAUAACAGUGUCCAGGUAAAAAAUUAACCUUUCAACACGCUUGCAGUAAGCUAAAAUUGUUGGCGUUUACUUUUACACGGAAAAAACAAUAUAGUAGUGGCAACUCUCUGGGAUAGUACUGAGUACUUUCUGUAAAAAAAGAAUUUCAGACAGUACUGUAUGCUAUCUCGACUGUAUCUACUACUAUCUAGACUAUAUCCACACUGUAAAAAAUCACCGGGGUAAGUCCAAUCGGUGUAGGUGUUAAAAUUAUCGGUGUUAAAUUUACCCCCGAAAGCGGUGUGAAAAUAACGCCGCUACCGGUGUAGAUAUUCUGUACCGGUGUUAAAAAAAAUUCUUCGGUGUUAAAAUAACACCGCUGCCGGUGUAAAAAUUCUAGACCGGUGUUAAAAUAUUUUACUUUGUGAAUAUUUUUACUUACUCGAUCACUGUACUUGUUAAUAAAUAAUAUUCUUUAUUCAUUUUCAUAGAGAACUGACAUUUUUUGUGUUUAAUAAUCUUUAAAGUUAAUACUCCAAGCGGACGCAAUUUACCCCGCUUUUACACCGAUAUUACUCCGUUUUUACACCGGUUACCCCGCUUUUACACCGAUUUUACUCCGCUUUCACACUGGUUACCCUGAUUUAACACCGGUAUUUUUAACACCAGUGAAUUACUCCUCCUACACCGGUGUAAUUUUAUUUUAACACCGGGCGGAGUUAAAAUGAGUCCAUUUUUAACACCGCUCUUUUUACAGUGCAAUAUUGUCCGGGAUAGUACUCAGUUCUAUCCCAGAGAGUUGCCACUACUACAUUGUUUUUUCCGUUUACAGUUACAUCUGAUGUCAAACGAAAAUUCCUGAUAGUAACCACAUAUCUGGAUUAUACUCAGUUCUGUCUUAGAUUUAACUCAGUUACAUCUCAUACAGAAAAAAUGGGCACUGCAACAGGACACACCCAGAAUUUGAAUUUUUUUUCAAACUUUGAAUUUGUGUUCUAAUUUUGAAAACUUUACUAUACUGAAAAAAAAAAAUUGGUGCAUGAAACUUGUUCCUUGUCUUAUUGAAUCCACAGGGAAAAUCUUGUUGCUACAACAGGAAAAGUCCCGUUGCUACAACAGAAUUUCAUCCUGUUGCAGCGCCUAUUUUUUUUCCGUCCAGCCAUUUUUGUUCUAGCACAUGCGCAUUCAGUAUACUAGAUGUAACUGAGUCAAAUCUAAGAUAGAAGUUAGUAGGGGAAGGGGGAGCAAAAUGGGCCCCUCAAAAAAAAAAAUUUCGAAUUCUGUUUUUUUACUUGUUUUACUUUUUUCUACUUCCUUGCCAAGCAUUUGAACUUAAUUUGUUCUGUGGAAUUAAAAAUAAAAAAUUAAAAAAUGUGGGGCAAAAUGGGCCCCCAACAAAACUCAAUGUAUGUUUUUCGCUUGUUUUAUGUUUUCAAACUUUUUGCUAUGUUUAGUAUAAAAAAGUUGAUAGUGAAGAUUUGGACCUUAAAAUGACUUAAUUCAAAGUUUUCUGUUGAAUUACUAUUCGAUUCAUUAAAAAAAAUUUAAUUUUAGUUAGUAAUGCUGUUGAGCUCAUAACCUUGUUUGCCCCUUAUUGUAAUUCUUCAAUCAUUUCUGUUAAAAAAAAUUUUAGGAACCCGUUUGGUUAAAAAAUAUUUGUAGGUUUUCAAAGUCUGGGCAGCCCAUUUUACCUCCCCCCCCCCCCUUCAACACUUUUCAUGUUAAAAAUUUUGGGGGGCCCAUUUCGCCCCCAAAUAUUUCGAGGCAUCCAAAAUUUUAAGGGACCCUUUUUGCCCCCCCCCCCCUUCUUCUAUAACCCAGAUGUAAGUGGUUACUGAAGUUUGUUUUUGACCUCAGAUGUAACUGAGUAUAAUCCAGGUUAGUAGCCAGUAUCAUCUUAUUUUUUUUGUGUAACUAGUUUACUAACCAACGUUAGUACAAGGUCGAUCGGUAACCUUUAAAUCGGUUAACAGCAACUUAAUCGUUUUAGCUCGAAAUCACAUUAACGUCUUGGCCAAUGCCAAGAUAAAAAAAGCUAUUUGCUUAAAUAUAAAAAAAAAAAAUGAUGAAUUUUACUAUAAAAAAAAAAAUUA